CUUGAAUCACCGAACAGACGAAGGAAAAGGUGAGAGGAAAAGAGUCCAACCGGGGACGCAGGCCACGAUGAUCGAAGGCCGACCGGUCAAAGACUAACCAAGCAGGAACUAUAUUGGAGGAAAAAAGAAGAUUUCAGUCAGCCACCUGGCAUAAGAUGCUUAUAUUGCGCUCCCUGCUGUAUGACGAGGAUCCUGGGAAGAUUGCCCGUCAUCUCUUCACGUGGAGUGACUUUGGGUGAUCAGCCAGCGACCACGGCGAGCGAUACUGUGACAGCGACAAAGACAAGCAGACAAAAGGGUCGCCGAAGUUGCCCACUCAAUCCCAGGAAGCCUUUUGUAAAAUGUGCCCAAAAUAAAAAAAGAAAAUCUGCCAGGGGCUCACCGUCAAGUCCAAGCUGGCCCGUAACCAGGACAUGUAUGUAUUUCUGGGGCCUGAGGGUUCGGUCUGGAAGAGGUCGAAUCAAUGGGAGAGCAGGGAGGGUUGCCGUGGUAAGGUUCACGGUUGACAGUACUUGGGCCUUAGCCGGGAGCUAUGUUUUGCGUGUGCGUAGUAGGAGUGAGUGGGUAGAGAUGUGUGUGUGUGUGUGUGUGUGUGUGUGUGUGUGGGCGAGUAAGAUUAAUAUCAGAACCACUUGACCCGCAGGAGUGCAAACCAAUACUCCAAUUAAGAAAAACCUCUUCUCAGAACCUUCAUGCGUCAUGAAUAAGAUCUGGC